AUGUCCGACUUCCUGGGCACGAAACUGACCGACCACGACGUGAAUGAAGUCAGAAGGGAGUUUCGCAAAAAGAGGAAGCACAACCACUACGAUGAAUACGACUUUUAUGUGUACUACAAAAAUUUGCUAGCGGAAGAAAGGAAGAAGAGGGAGAACCGCGAAAGAAUUAAAAGGAAGAAGGAAAAAGAGCAGGCAGAGGCAGACGACGAAUUCAAGCCCACCAAUUAUAUAUCCAGUAGAUACAAACGUAAGGAAGAUGUAACCAAAAAAGGGAUUUAUGACUACAUCGAUGAGGACGAUAGCAUCUAUGAGGAUAUAAUCACAAGCGCACACUUUGAUGAUAAAGCGAAUCACCCAGAUGACCUCCAGUUUACCUUUUUCAACGACAGUGUGUCCUACGCACUGUUGAGGAACAACAAUUAUAUUGAUGGCAUUCCCAUCGGAAUAGACAUGAACGUGGCAAAUAAGUACAUAAAAGAAGAUAUAUCUAAGGGUAACAGCGGCAAUAAGAUUUCUAAACAGGAUUGUGUCACAUCGGAGAGCACUAGUAGACAUGUUACUUCCCCACUUCGCUCAUUGGCCCCCCCUGAUGAAAAGCCAAACGCACACGUUGAGAAGAACUGCACUGAGGAGGCCAACAAGGAUGAUAUCUUCCAAGGAGACUCUUCCAAAAGGCGAAAACCGAUAGGCCCUAAACUACCAACAAUUUUCGAACAAAUUAGACACAACAUAGGAGAACAAACACACACAACGGAGAGGAACGAAAAUGAAUACAUAAAAAUCUUAUCUUCUCGAAAUCGUCUCAUUUCGAUAAAAAUGAAAGAACAGAAGGAAUUUGAAAAAUUAAUUAAAGAGAUUUAUAAGCCAAAGAAUAAUUUCGAAGGGGCCUUUUAUAAAAAGAAGGAAAACAGUAUAGACCAAGUGAAGAAGCGUGAAAUGAAUCACCUGAGGAAGGAUUUCCUUUUAUCGCACCCAAAGAGCAUCUACGAUGAGUGGUCAAUCGAGGCACGUGGACAGAUCGAAAUAACAACAGCAGAAAGGAAGCAACCGUUUGGGCAAAUGGACUAUGAAAACUAUUCUGAUAGCUCCCUAGAAAACGCAUACACCAGUUCAGCACGGAGAAAUGAAAACAAGGGUUCUGCCAUGGUGCUCGACAGAAAGAGCAGACAAAGCGAAGACAGUUGCAUAAUUCCAUACGAUCACUUCAGCAUCGAUAUGGACAGCGGUGAGGAAGGCGCCUUCGUUCUGUAUAACCCAGGGCAGCAUCACGCGGAAGAAAUGCUACUCCUGCGCUCCAAAUUUUAUCGCACCAUUCUCGGAAGCAAACGCCUAGAGAAGCCUGACAGUUGCGCCCAUGCAGAUGAGAUAGAAGAUCUAAAUAUCAGAUACGCAAAGUUAAUUAACCCCAACAUGGAAGCGAAGCUGACCAAAAGCGAGUUACUCGAAUUGUAUGUGCCCAAGAAGAGCUGGGUGCAAACCGGCACUUCUUUAACGCACGAUGAGCAGGUGGCGCAAAACGAAAUCUACGUUUUGAAAAGUAAAAUAAACUUUAACAACGACUUGAAGAAAAAGCAUAGGUUUUAUUUUUACUGCAGAAUGAAGGAGGGUAAAAUCAAUGCGGACGGAAGCGUGAGCAGACGCGUGGACAACAUUCUGAGCGCAGCGGAGAGAGCAGAAUUUGAAGAAUUAAUGGGAAAGCUAAAAGUUUACUACCUCGACUUUUACAACAAAGAAAUUGCAAACGAAGAUGUCAGCACCUACUUCCAGAUGGAGGAAUACGAAUUUGCGAAAUGCCUGUGCGAGAAGCUAGGCAUUUGGGACCCUUCCGCGGGCGACCAAAGUGGCACAGAAAUGGAACAAGAGUCCAUCGUCGACGAUUUUUUGAAAAUCCCCCAGUUCGUUUUUGAUGCCAUUUUUUGCGCAUAA